GCUCUUCUUCUCCUCCUCACUGCAGCUCCCACCGACGGCAGGUCUAACUUGAUGGUGGAGGAGCCAUUUCUUCUUUUUUUACGCACAGCGAGAAUCGGUGUCCGCUCACCAUAUCAGGAUAUAAAAACAGACAUACUUGGAGUUUCAGCCGUCUACGUCGAGCCGUGUCGAGAUGAUGCACUGAGGAGAAAACUGCACAGGCUCCCCGGUUGUGUUGAUCCUGAGCUGCAGUGCACGGAGGGGGGAUUGCGGUACAAGGUUAAUACUCAGCAUCGGUAAAGGUCUUCUCUGUGAGCGGGGACCGACUUUAACGGGUGAUUCUUGCCCCUGUGCGGGGGGAUCGGCGGAGAAAUAUAGAUCUAUAAAAAAUUAUGGCCACCCUACUGCGGAAGAUCGGUCUGAUCCGCCUGCACGACCGAGACACAGAGGACCCAAAGCACCAUCAGGGUUCGCUAAAGGGGACCAAAGGGAACCAGAAAAACAACGCCAACAAACACUGUCAGACCGCCAACGAAACCAACAACAUCCUGAGCACCCCGGAGAUUAAGGCGAGGAAGCUGGACCAGCUCGCCAAGGACAAGCCGUCCGGGAAGGAUAAGCAGCAGGGCAAGGAUGCGAAGGAGAAGCAGCAGACGGCAGGAGGCGGGAGUAAAGCGACCAGCGCCUCCUCGAUACCACCGCUGGCGCCUCACCGGCAACACUGCACCCAGGUCCGGACGCGGAGGCUGAUGAAGGAGCUACAGGAGAUCAGGAGGUUAGGGGACAACUUCAUCACGGUGGAGCUGGUGGAGGACAACCUGUAUGACUGGAACGUCAAGCUGCACCAGGUGGACAAAGACUCGGCGCUGUGGCAGGACAUGAAGGAGACCAGCACCGAGUUCAUACUGCUCAACGUCACCUUUCCCGACAAUUUCCCCUUCUCGCCGCCGUUCAUGCGGGUCCUGACGCCCCGCUUGGAGAACGGCUACGUGCUGGACGGCGGGGCCAUAUGCAUGGAGCUGUUGACCCCGCGCGGAUGGUCCAGCGCCUACACGGUGGAGGCGGUCAUGAGGCAGUUUGCGGCCAGCCUCGUAAAAGGACAGGGGCGUAUAUGUAGGAAAGCAGGGAAAUCCAAGAAAGCUUUCAGCCGCAAGGAAGCCGAGGCCACCUUCAAGUCCCUGGUGAAGACCCACGAGAAGUACGGCUGGGUGUCCCCGCCCGUGUCCGACGGCUGAGUGCUAGAUCAUCCAACUCCCGCGCUAGCCUGACGUAACCCCAGCUAGCCCCGACGCGCAAAACGACACACCACGCUAACUCAACAAUCUCCCAUCUUUCGCCGUUUCACUUCAAAGAGUUUUUGCUUUUUGCUUUUGUGUGUCUGUGUUAUUAUGUUUUGGAUUUUUAUUUUUUUUCGCCCUCAUCUCCACCGAAACUCUCGGAGAGCAGACACGCCCCAUCAUCGUCUUCGUUCCCUUCCCCCUCGCCUCGGAAAUACUUUGUGUGUGUGUGUGUGUGUGUGCGUGUGUGUGUGUGUGUGCGUGUGUGUGUGUCGCUCCAUCGGACAACAGCUGUUAGUGUGUGUGCGUGCAUUGGAGUGUGCGUUGCUGUCGGUGGAUUUCUUUUUUUUUGUCUUAACGCACACCCACGCAUGUGCGGGAUACAUUGUAAGUGUGGACUUCUCCACCCAUGUGAAAGACUACUGAAUGAAGGAGACUCAUCCCCAUCUCCCGUGCCCGCCAUCCCAUCCAUCUCUCCCUUCUUCUCUGCAGCACUGGACCGGCAUCACUUCCCGCCGCCUCUCUCUGUAGCUGUCAGGUCAUUUACAUAUAAAUGAGGCUGUUAAUGUUUAAUAGACGGGCAGCGCGCUGGCGUUUAUACUCACUCAUUCCUUCAUUUCCCCUUUCUUUCGACUGUGCCGUUGCUCACAGUUCAAUGCAACAAGAUUGUAAUUUACAUGGAGCUGUGCUCUCUCUCUCUCUCUCUCUCUCUCUCUCUCUCUCUCUCUCUCUCUCUCUCUCUCUCUCUCUUCCUUUAGCUCGCUCACUUUCUUUCUCUCUGUUUCUCGUUGCUAAAUUUAGAGCUCACUGUUGCGUAGAUGGAUAUUGAUUUUUUAAUGGAGAAAUAAAAAAGUCACAUGUUGCUUUAUGCAGAGACUAUGUAUGAUAAAUAGAAUGACAGUCAGCCACCUUUCUUUCUCUCUCUCUCUACUCUCAUGUUAUCGUGUGUGUGUGAGUGUGUGUGUGUGUGUGUGUGUGUGUGUGUGUGUGUGUGUGUGUGUGUGUGUGUGCGCGUGUGUAGGAGAGGAAGAAGACUAAUUCCCAUGAUUUAGAUACCAGAUGGUACAGCUGAAGGCCAGGCCUCAGUGUGUGUGUGUGUGUGUGUGUGUGUGUGUGUGUGUGUGUGUGUGUGUGUGUGUGUGUGUGUGUGGGUGUGUGUAUGUGUGUGUGUGCAAGGGAGACAACCCUUUAAACAGAGAAGAAUAUGAUUUACUGUGAAUGACACUAAGGCCUAAAGGGAGUGCUGUUUUCUUUUUGCUAAAGUACUCGUCGACGUCUUGUUCCACUUUGUGUGUCAGCUCCUGAUUAUUAGAACUGUAAACAUGUGUGUGACUGAAUAUCUCGUCUGUCUCUCUCCGAUCCAUGUAAAGAACUAAAAGGUCAGUAGAAUAUACGCUUCCGGACGUUUAGCUGUGCGCCAGACGCCCACACACACACACACACACACACAGACACACACACACACGUAAGCUCGCCCACGCACAACACACACGUACACGCACACAUACGCACGCGUACACCUGAAAUGAAGACAGACACGGGCUCGUGGAGUGGUGCUUUAAAUGAGCGUUGGCUUCAGAGCCAGCCUGAUUGAUGUCUGCUGAAAGAGAGACUGAAGGAUGAGGAGGAGGAGGAGGAGGAGGACAGAGGAGGGGAGUGCGUUGCUUUGAUCACCACCGGCUGCUUCUGGAAAUGUCAGGUGGCUUGCAAAAUGGCCGAAGACAGAUAUUAUUUGUUCUGUGAUUACUUAAGAGACACGCAGUUCCUGAGUUCCAACCUUUAAAAGGACUUUAUUAUAUUAACUCUGCGGCUGCAUCAAUAUCCGUCUCAAUCAAUCGGGCCUGUACUCGCCACACACUAUCGCUCCGUCCAGUCCAGUGAGCUCCUCGUGUGUUUGUUUUGCUAUCUGCCAGUUAAAUGUCAGAGGGAAAGCUGCUAAUUGGUCUGACAUUUCAGCCGAGCAUCAUUAGAGACGAGCUGCUGAGAGGAGAAGGAUGGAGGAUGUCAAACCUCCCGCACGGCGCUAACAUUUUGUCACUUUCCACUCCCGCCCUGCGUUUUCGGGGAGGGCGAGGCGUGCAGGGAGGGCAGAAAGCGGGUGAGGUAAGGACAGGCGGGGGUUGUAGGAGCAUCCCGAAACCGUCAGCUCACAGCAGGCCAGACCGUAAUCCUCCGCACGGCUGCCAGCAGGCCACGUUUGGAACGCGCCGCGUCCUCAAAGCCCUCCUUAUGUCGCAGUUGUGGUCGAUAGCAAAUGUCCUAUCUGUGUGUGUGUGUGUGUGUGUGUGUGUGUGUGUGCAUGUGCGAGCAAGUAUGUGUGUUACAAGCUCCCGUCGUGAAGAAAAAAAAAAGGCAAAAGAGUAAAAAACAAAAAACACACCAUCUGGUAUGUGGUCAUGUACGCAGGCGUGUUAGUCCUCUUUGAAUUUGGAUCGUCACUUCAGGGUCGAUCGUAUCGCGAUCCCUCGGCUCGUCAGCGGAGAAAACUGUAAACUGAAUUAUUAUUAAGACAAAAUAUCUCAAAGAGCUGAGUGUUUGCUGGUUUCAAGAGAAUACUUUUGUGAUAUAGUUUAGAUUGGUAGUUUGCAGACACUAACUGGGUGAACUGAUUAUGUUGUAUUAUAUCUGCAUGUGAUAUGUGAUUGGUAGCUAGCUACUGUAUAUCUUUUUUCAAGAAAAGCAAGGAAAAAUAUGGGGAAAAACAAAAAUGCAAAUGCUUCUCUUUUCUUUUUUUCUUCUUUUGUUUUGGGUUCUGUAUUCUAUGUAUAUUUCUUUUCUUCCCGAAGCGUCCUAAAAAUGUCACAUUGUGUUCUAUGAAUGUUUGUGUUUUAAUUUAUUUGUGGUUUGCCAAAAUGAAGAUUUGAAGCAUGUUGCAGGUAUUGUCACAAGAAAAUGAGAAGAAGAAGAAGAAGAAGAAAAAAAAAAAACUUACUAAGAAUGAUAGCCUAUGUAUUUGUGUGAUGGGGGAAGGUGUGUUUAUUUGGGGGGAUUUCAGGGAGUAAAGAAGGACAGAAGGUUGCAAAGCCUCAAGAGUAUAAAAGGGAGUAUUUUCUUCAUGGGAGUGCAUCAAAGUGGAAUCAAGAAAAUUCCUACGCUCCCUUGAAUACUUCCUAGUCCCCUCCAUGAUGUCACUACUGUCCCUUCCCCAUUGGUCGUGCUCUAGACAGUGAUUUGGCUUAUGGGUAAUGCAGAAAACACAAAGAUCUGGACUGAAGUUUUCCCCAGUCACAGAUCAAGGAUCAGUAUGACGUCCCUAUGCUUCAAAUCUCACUCUUAAAGGGAACGCGCACAUCUGACCUGUGAUCAGUUACUUCUGGGCGACUUUAUCCCACUCCUGACUCGAGUGUUUGAUGGAGACCGAGGUCUUAAAAGUUCAAAAAGGUGAAAGGUCGUUGCAAGACCAAACAGGAAUGUGCAAUAAAAGUUACAGCUUAUUGAAA